AGCUGUACUUAUUAAAUACCCCCCAAACAGACCGCAGGCUGCCCGCUGAGCCGCACUGAGCUCACUUUGAAUCCCACAUUUUAAUAGAGGAAAAGAAGCUUUGGAACCAAACAGCGAGUCUCAUCAGAGGACUGAGGAUCCCCGCUGCAGACCCACGGGUGGAACCCAGACACGCACGCGCUAUCUCUGCCCUCCUGCCCUGUUUACGUGCACCCACUUUAAAAAAAACAAUGUGAGCGUGUGCGCGCGUGUCCGUGAGGAAGGUGGGACAUCGCAGGGACCUUUUUCUCUUUUCCUGAUCUGUGUUGGAGCGGAAAAGUGCGGCAGCGGCUGGGAGCGCUCCUGCGGCGGAUCUUCACUGAAACUCAGGCUCUGUUCCUGCUGGGCUGUCAGAGGAAACAUCUCCAACUUCUGCUUCUUAUUCUGGCUGCUAGAAAACAUGAAGCUGUUGGAAAAGGAAGCCUGAGCAGAUUGUCUGUCUGGCCACCAAACAUCUCGUCAUCAUGCUGCCCUGGCUCUGCCUCAUUCUGCUCAUCCUUGUCCCCAUCAUCCAAUCCGAUGAGUGUCCCUACGCUUCCAGGAACCCCACAGAUGUUCGUCAGAAUGUCACUUUGGCAGUUGUCUUGCCUAUGACCAACGUGGAUUAUCCAUGGGCGUGGCCUAGAGUGGCGCCGGCCAUCAAAAAGGCCAUUUCAAAGGUGAACUGUGACCCUUGGCUCCUCCCGGGUCUCAAGCUGCAACUGGUUAAUGGCAACUCGGAGAACAGAGAUGGCUACUGCUCUGAUUCAAUGGCGCCGCUGGUCGCCGUCGACCUGAAAUUUGCCUACGAUCCCUGGGCUUUCAUCGGUCCUGGUUGUGUCUAUUCUUCCUCACCUGUUGCUCGUUUCACCUCCCACUGGGAUGUCCCCAUGGUGACAGCCGGAGCCCGUGCCAUAGGCUUUAAAGUUCAUAGAGCCGUCACCAACACGGGCCCCACCCAUUUGAAGCUGGGUGAGUUUAGUUUGAAGAUCCAGCAGACCUUUAAAUGGCAGCACGCCAUGCUUCUCUACACUGACAACACGAACAGCAACGAUGACAGGCCGUACUUCUUUGCUGUGGAGGGGGUCUUCCAGCAUCUAUUGCAUAAUAACAUCACCCCAGACUCUUUCGUUAUGGAUAAUGACAUAGACUACAAGUUGGUGGCCCAAAAGAUCAGAGAGAAAGGCAGAGUGGUGUAUGUGUGCAGCCCCAUGGACAUCUUCAGGAAUCUGAUGGUCCAGUUGUGGAAGGAUAGCACCGACCUGGAGAAGUUUGUCUUCUUCUACAUUGAUCUUUUUGCUGAAGGCUUGGGUGGCAGACAUACAGCAAAGCCCUGGUACAGAGGAGAUCAGGACGACCAAGCAGCCAAACAGGCCUUCAAGAGUGUGAAGGUCUUGAGCUACAUGGAGCCUCAGAGUCCAGAAUAUUUCCAGUUUGUAGAAGCUCUUAAAAGAGAUGCAAAGGAAAGCUUCAACUUCACCAUAAAAGACUCUCUGCACAACCUGAUUGCAGCAGGUUUCUAUGAUGGAAUCUUGCUGUACUCUCUGGCUCUAAAUGAGACUUUGAGCGAGCAGAGAAGGGGACCAGGACACAUCGAGAGACCCAAAGGAGAUUUGGUGACCCGUAGGAUGUGGAACAGGACCUUCUCAGGCGUGCUGGGAGUGGUGGAGAUGGACGAGCUUGGAGACAGAGUGAUGGACUUUGCUGUGUGGGACAUGACAGAUUUAGACUCUGGAGAGUUUCAGGUCGUGUCUGUGUAUAAAGGCAGCAUGAAUGAAUUGGUCCCGCAGAAAGGUCUGACCCUUCAGUGGCCUGGAGGUUCACCGCCACGAGAUAUCCCUGAAUGUGGCUUCAAGAACGACAACCCGGCCUGCCAUACACGUACCGUUACAAUGCAUCAGAUGGUUGCCAUAGUGAUCUGCUUCGUCUUUGUCAUCAUCGUCACCAUCACCGUCUUCAUCUGCAGGAAGUUGAAGCUGGAGAACGAAUUGGUGGCCCAGCUGUGGAGGGUUUCCUGGGAAGACAUCCAGAUGAGUAACCUGGAAAAGUCCUUGAGGAGAACUUGCAGCAGACUCACCUUUUCGCUGAAAGGAUCAAACUAUGGUUCUCUGAUGACCAUGGAAGGGAACGUUCAGAUCUACACCAAAACCGGAUACCUCAAGGGUAAUCUGGCAGCGAUCAAGUACAUAAACAAGAAGCGCAUUGAGCUGACGAGAGAGGUUCUGUUUGAGCUGAAGCAUAUGCGAGACGUUCAUAACGAACAUCUGACUCGUUUUAUUGGUGCCUGCCUUGAUCCUCCACACAUGUGCAUCAUCACAGAGUAUUGCCCCAGGGGCAGCCUUCAGGAUCUGAUGGAGAGCGAUGGCAUUACUCUGGACUGGAUGUUCAGAUACUCGCUCAUCACUGAUAUCGUCAAGGGAAUGGCGUUUCUCCACAACAGCGUCAUUGUAUCCCACGGCAACCUGAAGUCCUCCAACUGUGUGGUGGACAGUCGGUUUGUGCUGAAGAUUACAGACUACGGACUGCAGAGUCUGCGGACCUGCAACUAUCCCGAGGACUCGUACGCCUACUACGCACGAAAACUGUGGACCGCUCCUGAGCUCCUGAGGGAGGAGUGUCCGCCUGCCUGUGGGACCCAGAAGGGGGAUGUCUACAGCUUUGGUGUGAUCCUUCAGGAGGUUGCACUGCUAAAGGGAGUCUUCUACCUCGACUCACACUCCUUCUCUCCUAAAGAGAUCAUCCAGGCAGUGAUUCAGGGUGGCGCACCCCCUCUGCGGCCCUCCCUCUGCUUCCAUAGUCACAGUGAGGAGCUCGGGGUCCUCAUGCAGCGCUGCUGGAGCGAAGAACCGAGCGAGAGGCCCGACUUUAACACCAUUAAGAUCCUCCUGAGAAAGCAGCACAGAGGUUAUGGUUCCAACAUCCUGGACAACCUGCUUUCUCGUAUGGAGCAGUACGCCAACAACCUGGAGGAGCUGGUGGAGGAACGAACUCAAGCCUACAUCGAGGAGAAACGCAAGGCCGAGGCUUUGCUCUACCAGAUACUACCACACUCUGUGGCCGACCAGCUAAAACGAGGCGAGACGGUUCAGGCCGAAGCGUUUGACUCGGUCACCAUCUACUUCAGUGACAUCGUUGGCUUCACUGCUCUGUCUGCUGAGAGCACACCAAUGCAGGUUGUGACGCUAUUAAAUGAUCUCUAUACAUGCUUUGAUGCCAUCAUCGACAACUUUGAUGUUUACAAGGUGGAGACAAUCGGAGAUGCCUACAUGGUGGUGUCAGGUCUGCCAGUCAGGAACGGUAAGCAGCACGGGCGGGAGGUCGCGCGGAUGUCUCUGGCUCUACUGGACGCAGUCAAGAGCUUCACAAUUCAACACCGGCCUGAUCAGAAGCUUCGGCUUCGCAUCGGCAUUCACAGUGGGACUGUGUGUGCAGGCGUGGUUGGCUUAAAAAUGCCACGGUACUGUUUGUUUGGAGACACAGUCAACACUGCGUCACGCAUGGAGUCCACAGGAGAGGCCUUAAAGAUUCACGUGUCGGAGGCGACUCGUCAGGUCCUGCUGGAGUUCAGCUGCUUCCAGCUACAACUCCGAGGGGAAAUCGAAGUAAAGGGCAAAGGACGCAUGAGGACAUACUGGCUGCUGGGAGAAAAUGAGAAGAAAUGACCUAGAUCUGAUUGCUGGGAGUCAAUUGUGUCCCGUUUCUCCAGUCGGAUGGAUGUUUCUGACAACAGUCCAGAAGACAAAUUAGCAACUGACUCAUCCAAGCUGGUUUCACCAGAAAUAAACUGUUGAAAUGAACAGAUACAAACAAGACAAAUGUUUUACUGUAAGAUAAAACAUCCAAAAGUAAGUUGUGUAAAUACAAAAUAAAAUGGGUAUUGUU